GGUCAGGCUUUUUUCUUUAUCAUCAAAUUUACGCUCGAAAUAAUUGGAUUUCCGCUGCGUUAUCGACAGAGGCUCAGAGCGAUCCGGGUGCAGCGCUGGACGCCAGUCGGGGUGCAGCGGGCACGGAGCAUACUACAACUAAGUCUUACAACCAACUGACCUACAACAAUGCUGCUGUGGCUCGUAUCGGCGACAGCAUUGACCCUGACAGCAAAAGUCACGCUGGCAGACACACCUGCCAAUUGCACGUUCGACGAUAUCCGAGGCGAUUGGCUGCUGUACGAGACGGAGAGGACAGGAGAUGCGAAGAUUGACUGUGAUGAUAUGGGGCCGAUCAUCCACAAAAAGGAAGUCAGCCUGAUGUAUCCGAACAUCGCGGUGGACGAGUACGGCAACCGGGGAACGUGGACCAUGAUCUACAACCAGGGCUUCGAGAUCAAGGUCGCCGGCCGCUCCUACUUCGCUUUCUCGCUCUGGGAAAAGACUGGCGACACCGUGCUAUCCAUCUGCGACAAGACGCUGACGGGCUGGUCGAGGGACAUCACCGUCAGGAACUGGGCCUGUUACCGGGCGCAGAAGAAGGAGGCUCUUCCCCACAAGACACACGCCCUCAGGCUCAUGGCUCAGGAAAACUCCCUCUACAAGUACAACAAGAACUUCAUCAACGCCAUCAACUCGCAACAGAGCAGUUGGGUCGCUGACGUGUACACGGAGUAUGAGACUAUGACCCUUAUGGACCACCUCAGGCGCAACGGGGGAAGAGCGUCCGCCGUGGCCAGCCGAGCUCGCUCAGGACCCGUGAGCUUCAUGACCCGACUGCGCGACCUGUCCCUGCCCGAGGCGUGGGACUGGCGCAACGUCAGCGGGGUCAACUACGUGUCUCCGGUCAGGAACCAAGGCAACUGUGGCUCCUGCUAUGCCUUCGCUUCCAUGGGUGGCCUAGAAUCUCGAGUUAGGAUUCUGACCAGCAACCACCAGAAGCCAGUCUUUGCCCCGCAGGAUAUCGUAGGAUGUUCCAAGCUCUCUCAGGGAUGUGAGGGUGGUUUCCCGUUCCUUAUCGCUGGCAGGUAUGCACAAGAUGUUGGUGUUGUGCUUGAGGACUGUUACCCCUAUGAAGGCAAAGAUGACACAUGUGUAAGGACUACCUGCACUAAACAUUACACAGCUUAUUACCGUUACGUUGGAGGUUACUAUGGAGCCUGUAAUGAAGAGGAGAUGAAACUAGCUCUCAUCAAGGGAGGACCUCUUAUUGUGGGACUAGAAGUCUACGAUGAUUUCCUCCACUACAAAGGCGGUAUUUACCACCACACAGGUCUCCAGGACAGCUUUAAUCCUCUUGAGCUGACGAAUCAUGCAGUAUUACUCGUUGGAUACGGGGAAGACGAGGCAACUGGAGAAAAGUACUGGAGCGUUAAGAAUUCCUGGAGUGAAGACUGGGGAGAGAAUGGCUACUUUAGGAUUCGUCGCGGCGUUGACGAGUGUGCCAUCGAGUCCAUGGCUGUGGAAGCUGUGCCCAUCCCAUAAAUUUUUUGCGAAGCUAAACACAGAUAAUGGCGGUUAUUAUAAGAUGGAUUAUGAAAGAUUUCAAUAUUGCAUUUGGCUUCUUUGGCAAGAUGUGACAGACUUACACUGGUAAUGUUGCCUGACAGCAUUACUCGUUUUUUUUAAGGAGAUGAAAUAUAGAAAGCAUUUAAGAAAAAACAUGAAAGGGUUUUUCAAUACAAAAAAUAUACUCAGAGCAAUUUUUUCAUGUAGUAGUAAUCAAAAUAUUCUAAUUAUAAUGGAUUCUCACACAAAUAGUUACUAAUUAAAGAAAACUUCACAAGAAAUAAAGUACCGGUUAAGAAUAGAUUUGGAGACAAAUUGAAAUGCAAUAAUUUUGUGUUUUUGUGAUUGUAAUUCAUUAUGGGAAAUCGUCCUCUUAACAACAACAAAAAGGAGUUGGGAUUCAUAGGCUCAUUUUGCCGCUGCAUAUAUUAUGAUGUAUAUAUCUUUUUCAGCAAAAUAUGACUUUUUUUUUUUUUUUAAUGCUCAGAGAGGAUACAUAACAACAAUAUUUAUUGUUUAUAUACUGCCAUUGUAUAACAUCUUCAAAUAUAUUUUCUACACUUCUUUUCAUAUAAUAGUCAACAACAAUUAUCAUCCAUGUAAACGAUAAAUAAAUAUAUCUAUUCAAAAUAAAUAUUUCAUAAUAUAAACAU